AUGUCUGUCUUACCCAAACCAAUACCUCCACUCUACACCGUGUAUAUCCUACGGUCGACCGUCCGCCGUGCGUCACUAUAUGUUGGCUCUACGCCCCAUCCCCCACGACGGCUGAAACAGCACAACGGGGAAUCCAAAGGCGGCGCGGUACGAACAUCACGAAGCACUUUGAGACCAUGGGAAAUGGUCGGAUUGGUGUCUGGCUUUCCUGGCAUGGUCGCAGCUCUGAAGUUUGAAUGGGCUUUAACAAAUUCGCACCUUUCCCUGCACAUUCCGUCGACGUCUAGGAUCAACGUCGCGACACAGAAGAAGCGAAAUGGCCAUCCAAAGCGACCGCCUCACAGUGUAACCUCGAUCCUGUCGAACCUACAUCUUCUCCUCCGUGUCCCCAGCUUCGCUAGAUUGCCAAUAAAGCUGCACUUUUUCGCGCCAGAUGUACAUCGUGCUUGGAUCAAGUGGUGUGGGACGUCAAAUGAACCACUUCGAGACACAAUCAACGUUGUGACAGAUUUUGGUCUCGCAGCAAAUGCGUCUACGGAAGGGGAUAAAGAAAUUACAGAUGCAACAUCUCAGCCCUGGGGAAUAUAUGCCCUCUCACUCGAUUAUGCGCCCAUCAAGGACUACGUGGAAAAAACGCAGUCCGCCUUUGCUUUUGAACGUGAAGGUGAUUGCGUUGUGUGUGGUGAGGGUCUGAAUCCCGGAGAGGGGCUAUAUGCAGCAUGUUCUAAUGCUGGUUGCGAGGGUGUAGGACAUGUCUCGUGUUGGAGCGAGCAUCUGUUGGGCAAGGAGAAAAACGACAGCAUAAUACCUGUGUCAGGACGAUGUCCAAAGUGCGAGGGUCAGGUGAGGUGGGGAGAGAUGAUGAUGGAGAUGAGCUUGCGGCUGCGAGGACAGAAAGAGAUCAGCAAACUCCUUAAGAAGCCGCGGAAACGAAAGGCUGCAAUUUCUAACGAUACUUGA